AUGACAGAAGCACCAUUUCCAAACAAGAAAAACGACACUGAGAUCACAGUGAAGGAGCAAUAUGGUGGAGAUUCUGAUGACAAAGAAAUUGUGCAACUGCAAAUUGAGGGAAGAGACUUGUCUUUGGUAGAUGGGACAUAUGAUAAGCCUCUUGCAUGCUUUGGUUGUGGCAUUGGAUGGUUCUCGUUUCUCUUGGGAUUUGCUUUUCCACCACUAUGGUAUUAUGCUACUGUGCUUUAUUUUGGAAAUUAUCUUAAAGGCCCCAGAGAGCGACCUGGCCUUGCAGCAUCAGCAAUUGCAGCUUUAAUUUGCUCGGUCAUUGUCUUGGUUACUCUGCUUGCUGUUUUCUGGUAGCAGAUGCUACCAAGU